GCCCCCGUACCGCAUCUCUAUCAAUUUUGACAUCGACUUAACUUGGGAGUACAUGUCCACAUGAGAUGCUAUACGGGCGAAUACAACUGUAAUAUACCUUGACAUUGGAAAUUAAACUUUAAUGUGCCGAAUAUGCGUUCAUAGGCUUCACGCAAUACCAAAUAAUGAGCGAGUAUAUCGAUUCAGUAAUCUAUCUGAAAAUGAAUCUAAUUAUUCGUAUGUUUAUACUUUUCAUCGCUUCACCGGUCGAUUCAACUGAUAACAUCGACGUUUGCCCAACUUUUUGCGACUGCACCAAAUGGGACAGUACGAAAACAGUGUCAUGCUUCGAAAUUGACGUCCUACCUGCAUUCCAUCCCAGCACUAAAGAGGUGUGGCUUGUGGAGACAAGACUGACCUCCAUAUCUCAGGAUGCCUUCGCCAACUUGAUCAACAUCUCUCACAUUUACAUAUCAGAUGAUGAAAGUCUGAGGAGUCUGGAGAGACAUUCUUUUCACAAGCUGCCCAAGGCUAUCCACAUAGAGAUAAGGGGUAUCAGAAGCCUGUCUUACAUUGACCCAGAGGCAUUCAAGGACCUAACAAACUUAAAGUACCUGGGUAUCUUCAACACUGGCCUGCCCUCCUUCCCUGCUCUGGGACAGAUCCGUUCCAGCCAAGACGACUUCAUCUUGGAAAUUGUGGAUAACCUCUUCAUCAGAGAAAUUCCUGCCAACUCAUUCAAUGGGAUCUCAGAGAAUGAAAUCACCCUGAUGCUGAACAGCAACGGUCUGACGGACAUCCAACCCUACGCCUUCAAUGGAACCAGACUGGAGGAAGUUUACCUCUAUAGGAAUGUGGAUCUGGUGCGGUUGGACGAGAGGACAUUUUCUGGCGUGAUCAGCGGGCCAACUCUUCUAGACGUUUCCGAAUCAAGAGUGAACUCCUUACCCACAAUGGGUCUGGAGGCUGUUCAGAAACUGAAAGCUAAAAACACUUGGGCCCUAAAGAAACUACCCCCCCUGAGGGCCUUCCAGCAUCUGCAGAGUGCUGAGCUCACCUACCCCAGUCACUGCUGUGGACUGAGCAAAGUGAAGAGGAGGAGAGGACACGUGGAGUCCGUCAUUUGCAACCUGACCAACCACCAGCACCAUCAUCCCACCAGAAGCAGCCCCUCCCCCCGAGACCGCCAACACCUCCAUCCCACCAGCAGCAACCUCUCCCCCCAAGACCCCCAACACCUCCAUCCCACCAGCAGCAGCCCCUAUGACUACCAGUACUACUACGAUAACUACAGCUGUCCCCCCUCCGGUGAGUGCUUCUACAUAGUGUUCCCUACGGAGGGCCCAGACGAAGGCUUCGACUAUACCCUGUGCGAUGAUGACAGGGAGGACCAGGGGGUCCCCUGCACCCCUCUGCCCGAUGCCUUCAACCCCUGUGAGGACGUGAUGAGCCUGGGCUUCCUGCGGGUGUCUGUUUGGCUGGUUAGCUUGCUAGCCGUUCUGGCUAACCUCUUGUUCCUGUUCAUUUUGCUGACCAGCCACUACAAACUGACCAUCACCCGCUUCCUCCUGUGCAACCUGGCCAUGGCAGAUCUCUUCAUGGGUGUGUACCUCUUGCUCAUCGCGUCUGUGGACCUCUACACGCGCUCCCAGUACCACCACUAUGCCAUUGACUGGCAGACUGGUGCCGGAUGCCAACUGGCUGGGGUGCUCACAGUGUUCGCCAGCGAGCUGUCGGUCUACACGCUGACCGCCAUUACUCUCCAGCGCUGGCACGCCAUCACCUUCUCCAUGAGGCCCGGGAGGAAAGUGCGACUACGCCACAUAGUUGUGCUAAUGCUAGCCGGAUGGCUGCUCUGCCUGGUGUUAGCCGUGCUACCGCUAGCUGGCAUUAGCAGCUACCAGAGGGUUAGCAUCUGCUUGCCCAUGGACACAGAUUCAACCGCGGCCAUGGUCUACGUGGUCACCCUGCUAAUGCUGAACGUGCUCGCAUUCGUGUUGGUGAGCGUGUGCUACAUACACAUCUACUGCAUGGUGCACAACCCACAGCACCCGUCGAGCCGAGGGGACGCCAGCAUGGCCAAACGCAUGGCCGUGCUUAUCUUCACCAAUUUCCUGUGUCUGGCACCCAUCUCCUUCUAUGGCCUGUCUGCUGUGCUGCACCACCCACUCAUCACCGUCACCGACUCCAAGGUGCUGCUGGUGCUAUUUUACCCGUUGAACUCAUGUGCCAACCCCUUCUUGUACGGUAUCCUGACACGAGCCUUCCAUGGGGACGUCCUGAUUCUGCUGAGCCGCUUGGGGCUGUGUCAACGUCAGGCCCAGCUCUUCCGAGGAGCGCAGUUCGACGUGGGCAGCCCCGCUGGGGUCAAGAGGCGCCAAGGGGUCCCCCGUCUUGGAGCCCACAUACCCCAGAUCCUGGAGCUCCGCAAGAGGCAGAGACUGUAAUGACACCAAGGAGCAGGUCAUCGAACUGGAAGGUCCCAACGCGAUGCCGAACACCAGGGAGAAUUACAACCACAGCUGAGAGGCUGGAUUUUGUUCGUUCUCCAGUUGAAUGGUGGUUCCCGCACCUUUCGGACAGACAAAACCAUGUAUCAGGUCCCAAUUAAGGGCUGGAUUCAAUCCAUAUUGCAGAAGUAUCACGGAAGGUCUGCAUUCAAAUGUAAAGGUAAUUUUUGUUUGAGCCGACAUAUGCAGCGUUUAUAGUGAAUGCAGUCUCUGUGAAUGCAGGAACAUUGCCUUUAAAUUUCAAUGUGUAUCUUUCGCAAUACGGAUUGAAUUGAGUCUUGAUCCGUGAUCUAAGCUUGACUGGCCAUUAUGACCAACCAGGAAUUGUAAAUUGAGGAACUGAACAUGGAAUUUAAAUGGCCCUUUUAAUUUAUAUAUUGUGUUGUUUUUAAAUUCGUGUUGUAUAUUGCAUUUCUGAGUUGACUAGAAUGAGAACCAGCUAGAGGUGUGUAGUAGAGCACCAGCUAGAGGUGUGUAGUAGAGAACCAGCUAGAGGUGUGUAGUAGAGAACCAGCUAGAGGUGUGUAGUAGAGAACCAGCUAGAGGUGUGUAGUACUGGUGUGUAGUAGAGAACCAGCUAGAGGUGUGUAGUAGAGAACCAGCUAGAGGUGUGUAGUAGAGCACCAGCUAGAGGUGUGUAGUAGAGAACCAGCUAGAGGUGUGUAGUAGAGAACCAGCUAGAGGUGUGUAGUAGAGAACCAGCUAGAGGUGUGUAGUAGAGAACCAGCUAGAGGUGUGUAGUAGAGAACCAGCUAGAGGUGUGUAGUAGAGAACCAGCUAGAGGUGUGUAGUAGAGAACCAGCUAGAGGUGUGUAGUAGAGAACCAGCUAGAGGUGUGUAGUAGAGAACCAGCUAGAGGUGUGUAGUAGAGAACCAGCUAGAGGUGUGUAGUAGAGAACCAGCUAGAGGUGUGUAGUAGAGAACCAGCUAGAGGUGUGUAGUAGAGAACCAGCUUAGAGGUGUGUAGUAGAGAACCAGCUAGAGGUGUGUAGUAGAGAACCAGCUAGAGGUGUGUAGUAGAGAACCAGCUAGAGGUGUGUAGUAGAGAACCAGCUAGAGGUGUGUAGUAGAGAACCAGCUAGAGGUGUGUAGUAGAGCACCAGCUAGAGGUGUGUAGUAGAGAACCAGCUAGAGGUGUGUAGUAGAGAACCAGCUAGAGGUGUGUAGUAGAGAACCAGCUAGAGGUGUGUAGUAGAGAACCAGCUAGAGGUGUGUAGUAGAGAACCAGCUAGAGGUGUGUAGUAGAGAACCAGCUAGUGGUGUGUAGUAGAGAACCAGCUAGAGGUGUGUAGUAGAGAACCAGCUAGAGGUGUGUAGUAGAGAACCAGCUAGAGGUGUGUAGUAGAGAACCAGCUAGAGGUGUGUAGUAGAGAACCAGCUAGAGGUGAGUAGUAGAGAACCAGCUAGAGGUGUGUAGUAGAUAACCAGCUAGAGGUGUGUAGUAGAGAACCAGCUAGAGGUGUGUAGUAGAGAACCAGCUAGAGGUGUGUAGUAGAGAACCAGCUCGAGAUGUGUAAUAGAGAACCAGCUGGAGGUGUGUAGUAGAGAACCAGCUAGAGGUGUGUAGUAGAGAACCAGCUAGAGGUGUGUAGUAGAGAACCAGCUAGAGGUGUGUAGUAGAGAACCAGCUAGAGGUGUGUAGUAGAGAACCAGCUAGAGGUGUGUAGUAGAGAACCAGCUAGAGGUGUGUAGUAGAGAACCAGCUAGACGUGUGUAGUAGAGAACCAGCUAGACGUGUGUAGUAGAGAACCAGCUAGAGGUGAGUAGUAGAGAACCAGCUAGAGGUGAGUAGUAGAGAACCAGCUGGUAUCCUCGGACUGUCUGAGUGUGUUAGAUAUAUUGUUUUUGCAGAGGCUUUACAAGGGCUCUCUUAACACGUGGAAUUUGAAUUGUGUGCCCUCGUAAUUUACAUGGAUGAAAUUGACAGCAAAGCUAUAGGCUUCUGUUGGGCUGAACCUGCAGCGUCCAUGUAUACGCUUUAGAACGUGUUAAUUAUAGUCCAGGCUUUCUUCCCAUUGUUGUUUUGCAAUUUUUGUCAUGUUAAAUAUUGGCCACUAUCAGGAGCCACCCUCAGUAAUACUCACAUACAUUUAUAACGGUCACUUUACUUACAUUUGAGUCAUUUAUCAGACGCUCUUAUCAAGAGUGACUUACAGUUCAGUCGUCUUAAGAUCGCUAGGUGGGACAGCCACAUACAUAUCAAAGGCAGAGAAAUGACAUUUUUACUCUAAUUUAGCUAUCAGUAGAGUCAGAGCUAGAAGGUCUUGUAGUGGAUACGAACUUCGACUGGAAGCCAGUGGAGUGUGCGGAGGAGCAGGGGGACAUGAGAGAACUUGAGAAAGUUGAAACCCAGGGGUUUGAUGGCACAAGCCUGGAGCCCAGCCAACUGUGAGUUGCGUUAGUGCAGAUAGGAGAUGACAGGUGCCUGGAUUAGGACCUGCGCCGCUUCCUGUGUGAGGUGGGGUUGUACUCUACGGAUGUUGUAGAGCACGAACCUGCAGUAGUGCAGAUGGGAGAUGACAGGUGCCUGGAUUAGGACCUGCUCCGCUUCCUGUGUGAGGUGGGGUUGUACUCUAUGGAUGUUGUAGAGCACGAACCUGCAGUAGUGCAGAUGGGAGAUGACAGGUGCCUGGAUUAGGACCUGCGCCGCUUCCUGUGUGAGGUGGGGUUGUACUCUACGGAUGUUGUAGAGCACGAACCUGCAGUAGUGCAGAUGGGAGAUGACAGGUGCCUGGAUUGGGACCUGCGCCGCUUCCUGUGUGAGGUGGGGUUGUACUCCAAGGAUGCUGUAGAGCACGAACCUGCAGUAGUGCAGAUGGGAGAUGACAGGUGCCUGGAUUGGGACCUGUGCCGCUUCCUGUGUGAGGUGGGGUUGUACUCCACGGAUGCUGUAGAGCACGAACCUGCAGUAGUGCAGAUGGGGGAUGACAGGUGCCUGGAUUAGGACCUGUACCGCUUCCUGUGUGAGGUGGGGUUGUACUCUACGGAUGUUGUAGAGCAUGAACCUGCAGUAGUGCAGAUGGGAGAUGACAGGUGCCUGGAUUAGGACCUGCGCCGCUUCCUGUGUGAGGUGGGGUUGUACUCUACGGAUGUUGUAGAGCACGAACCUGCAGUAGUGCAGAUGGGAGAUGACAGGUGCCUGGAUUAGGACAGGUACCACUUCCUGUGUGAGGUGGGGUUGUACUCUACGGAUGUUGUAGAGCAUGAACCUGCAGUAGUGCAGAUGGGAGAUGACAGGUGCCUGGAUU